AAUUAAUUAUGAUACGAGGGUACACAUCUGUAUUGAGAAAAUCACUUUGGUACUUACCAUCAAUGGGAUUCUCAAAGAAAUUGGGUAUCGGAGAAGCCUCAAGUGUAUUAGAAGAUAAAAUUAAAAAUAUUUCUUAAUUGGUAAAGAAAUGUAGUGAUAAUUUAGAAUGACAUUAAAGAAUAUGGUACAGUCAUCUCUAUUGGUGAUGGUAUUGCCAGAGUUUUUGGUUUGACAUAAGUAUAAGCAGGAGAAAUGGUUGAAUUCAGUUCAGGAGUUAGAGGUAUGGCAUUGAAUUUAGAAACUGAUAAUGUUGGUAUUGUCGUAUUGGGUAAUGACAGGUAUUCAAUUUAAAUUCAUUUAUUUUAGAGAUAUCUAAGAAGGAGAUAUUGUCAAAAGAACAGGAGCUAUUGUCGAUGUCCCAAUUGGUAUGGAAAUGUUGGGUAGAGUAUUUGAUGCUCUUGGUAAUCCAAUUGAUGGACAUGGUCCAGUUAAAACAAAUGCAAGAAGAAGAGUUGAAUUAAAAGCACCAGGAAUUAUUCCAAGAAAGAGUGUCCAUGAACCAAUGUAAACAGGAUUAAAGGCUGUUGAUUGUUUAGUUCCUAUUGGAAGAGGAUAAAGAGAAUUGAUUAUUGGUGAUAGAUAAACAGGAAAGACUGCUAUUGCUAUUGAUACAAUUAUCAAUUAAAAACCAAAUUUUGAUUCUGGUGACAAGAAUAAAUAAUUAUAUUGCAUUUACGUUGCUAUUGGUUAAAAGAGAUCAACUGUUGCUAACUUAGUCAAAAUUCUUACAUAAGCUGGUGCUAUGAAAUANUUAGAUUUUAUAAAUAUCAUUUUUUAAAACUAUAAAAGAAGGAUGUUAAAAUAUAUAGGAAUCUCAUAUUAUAAUAAGAUGAUAGAGAGAAAUUAUCAAAUAAUAAUUUAUGAAUACAUAAAUCUAUAUAAUUAUUCUUAUAUUUAUGAUACUAUUUUGAAUAAUAUUCUUGAUUUAUAAUUAUUAAUUAAUAUAAAAUCUUAGAGUAUGAAGUUUAUCAUUAGUAAUAGUACAUUUAUAUAGUAUAAUUAUUUUUUUUGGAGUUAUUAAAAGCUAAUUAGUUAAUUUCGAGUGGUAAGAUUGAGUUAAGAUAGAAUAGGAAUUGAUAAAUUAAUUUAAAGGUUUUUGGUUAUGAAAUAGGAGUAAAUGACAAUUAGAAAGGUUGUUAUUAUAUUAAGUAUUUAUGUUCUGAUUUGA